AUGGCAGCUACAACCGAACCAAUCAUCGAACCAGACGCCUGGAACCUUUCGCGCCAAGACACUCUCUCCCCGCCGCCUCCCCCCAAGUGGGUGACGCUGCAGCAGCAGAUGGGGGGUCACAAGCCCAAACCAUCUUCACGCAGCCGUCGCGCAGUCGGCGGCGGGGAAAACGGCAAGCGGGAGAACGAUGCGGGUAGUCCUAGCAGUAGCAGCGGCGACAGCGGCGCCGAUAGUAGCGGCGGGGGCAGCAGCCAAACCAGCGAUCCUGCCGCGAACGUUCCGGAGGAGUUUCUGUGCCCUCUUUCGCUCGAGAUUAUGCGAGACCCCGUUAUUAUCGCCUCGGGGCAGACAUAUGAUCGUGCUUAUAUCGAGCGAUGGUUUUCCGAGGGCCGUUCCUCCUGCCCUAAAACGAGACAGUGUAUCGAGCACACUAAUUUCUGCCCUAAUUUCGCCCUUAGGAGCAUGAUUGCUGAUUGGUGCGCGGCAAAUGACGUCAGCCUCCCGCCAAUCACGCCGAUUCCCGCGUCGAAGCCUUCCUCGGGCUUCGCAGAAAGUCCCGCCGUCAAAAACGCCGCCGGCGCCGCUAUGGCGGCGAGAAAGAUAGAGACCCGCGCAACCGCGACGGCGAUGCAACCGCAGCAACAUAAGCAGGAGCAAAGGGAGCAGAAGAAGCAGUGGGAGCAGAGGGAGCAGUUGCGCGAUGGAAACCCUUUCGAAGAACGGGGGGAAGCGGAGGGCAAAGCGGAGGGCAAAGCGGAGGGCAAAGCGGAGCGGCGGAGCAGGGCGCGCAGCAAAGACGGGUUGGGGUCCGUGCGCGGGGCAGCGCACGCGCAAGGGGAGGCGCUGGUAGAGCGGGGGCAGGGGGACGCGGCGGAGAGGAUGAGCGGUUCGCGCAGCGGAAAAGGGGGCGGGGGAGAGUCUGCGGAAGACGGGGAAGGAGCCGCGGUGAAGCUGGGGAAGAAGAAGACGGGGGCCGCGCGGAGAAAGAAGAACGCGGGCGGGGAGGAUCUCGCGCGCGGGGAAGUGGAUGGGGCCGGCGUGUCCGGCGAGCGCGCGGACCCUAGCUCGGCGGAGCGGAACUUCGCGGAGGGAGACGGCGGUGCGGGUUGCCAGGAAGCGGACGGGAGAAACGGGGGGGCGGAGAAGCGGGAGCAAGCGCACUCGCGCGCACAUGAGCGCGACGAGGAUGCGAGGCGGGAGAAGAGGGGUGAGGAGGAGAAGCGGAGAGUUGCGGGCGGAGGGGGCGGCAGCAAGAGCGGGAAAGGGAGGCGGAGAACAGCGAGCGGGGAAGGGUUGACUCGCGAGGGGAGCACCGCGGGGAGGAGGGGCGAGGGCGGCGCGGAGGGGGAGGCGGGUCUAAGGGCUUCUCGCGGCUCGUCUAGCUCGUUCGGAAGGGGUAAGGCGGGUGACCCCACGCAGGAGCAGCAGCAGCAGCAGCAGCAGCCGCCGUUUCAAGAGGCGCAUCCGCCGGAUAUGGCGGCCGUAGCUGCUGCCGCCGUCGCCGCAGUAGACGCCGCACAAUCCGCCGCAAGUCCCGCCGGGGGCCCAUCCGCGACUGAAGGCGCAGCCGCGCCUACUCAGAGGCGCAAGCCGUUGCGCACGACUAGUUCCGUUGGCGGAAAAGGCGCGCGGAAGAGCAGCGGCAUUCCCACCGGCAGUUUUAACGGUCAGGAUGCAUUUGACGGUUUGCCGAUGGAAACCCGUCAGAAGCAGGCGAGAGCGGGGAGGGAGCGCGGAUCGCGGGAGGGACUGGAGAGCGCGUUGCUUUCCCGCACGCGCAGCAGCUUCCCUGCGGCGGGGAACCAGGGUCUGGCGGAGGUGCUGGGGGAGACGGAACACUGGCGGAACGCGGAGAGUGCGGAACGGGGGCCGGCGCAACCGGCGGCGCAGACCGGCAGCAGCAGGCGGAGAGUAACGUUCGGAGAGGUGACCGGAAUAUGGGACGAGGCGGAAGACAGCGGGAAGGGGGGGGCGGAAGCAGGGCCCGCGGGGAAGGAGGGGAAGGGGAAGAGCGGCGGGAAAGCGGGCGGAAGAGGAGCGGGGUUGCGCAGAGCAGCAGCGGGGAGCGUGAAGCUGACGAGGCGGGAGAAAGAAGAGGUGAUGGGGGGCCUGGCGCUGGAUGGAGUAGGUGGGGGGGGGGGUGCGGAACGCGGAGGGGGUUCCCAGGGUUUGAUCAGCAGCAAAGGCAGUCGUCGCGGUAGGAGCGGCAGCAGAGAUGGCGGGGGGAAAGACGACGGAGGGACGGAGGAGGGGGCGAAGGAAGGGCGGGAGAAAAAGGUGAAGGAGAAGCGAAGGGUGGGGGAGAGGGGGACCGGGGCGGCGCGCGUGGGAGAGGAGUUGCGGGAGGAAGGGGAGAAGGAGAAGGAGAGGGAGAGGGAGAGGGAGAGGGAGAGGGAGAGGGAGAGGGAGAGAAACGGGCGGGAAGAAGACGAGGUGGGGGCGGAGGAGAGAAGGGUUCCGCGGGAGAAGGGCGCGCGGCGGGCGGAGCGUCCCAAGACUCCCCCCGUGCCCCUACUGAACGCGGGAUUGGAGGGCCGUGAUGAGGAGCGUGACUAUAACGCGGAUAGAGGAGCGACUGGGGGCUUCCAUAGCGCAGAACAACAGGAGGGGGGGCGGGGGGAGCAGGGGGAGCAGGGGGCGGGUAAGGCGCGGGGGCGUGGGCGCAGCCGCAUAGCGCGCACGCCUGUUGACACCCCUGUGGUGUCGCGACAAGGCAGCGAGAACAGCGAUCCGCACCACCGUCGCUCUGCUGCUGCUGGUGGUGGUGGUGCUGAAACACCACUGCCUGCUGCUGCUGCGGCGUCGGCUGCUGCUGCUGCUGCUGCUGCUGCUGCUGCUGCUGCUGCUGCUGCUGCUGCUUAUGGGUCGAGCGGCUUUGGGGGAGAGGUAGCUGCGCGGUUGAGGCAGGGGGAGGGGGAGGGGCGACGGGGAGAGGCGGAGUGGGAGCAGGGAGCAAGAGCGGAUAGUAGCGCGGAUUUCGGAAGAGAACGGGUUUCUUUGGAUGGAGGGAUGGGGGGGGAUGGGAUGGAUGGUGCAGGGAGGGGAGGAGGGGGAGGAGGAGGAGGAGGGGACGAAGAAGAGGGAGGGAGAGCAGGGGGUGGGAGAGGAAAUGGGGAUGGGGAUGGGGAUGGGGAUGGGGAUGGGGAUGGGGAUGGGGAUGGGGAGGAGGAAGAGGGUGCGAGGGAGGAGGAGUGGGAGAGGGAGAGGGAGCGAGUGAGGGAGGGGAUGGACCAUGUUCGGAGCAACUCGUGUAACGGCAGGCACCCUAUGGCUGGCGCAGGCGCAGGGGGAGGCGGAGGACUGGCGUUUGAGUGGGGGUCGCAGAGGGGGAGGGCCAUGGGCGCGCUUGCAGACGCUGCUGUGGCUGCUGUGGAGAGACGCGCAGGGAGCUUCACAGAACGAGGCACAGGAGGGGCAGGAGGAGUAUUAGGAGGGGGCGGAGGGGGAGCAGGCGGGGUGGCGGCAGUGAGGGAGGACUGGUUGGGGGUGCGCAUGGGCGUGGACAUCCCCCCCCACGAGCUGCUCCUCAUGCAGCACAACGCCCCCUCGCCCCUCCCCCCGCGUCGCAACCUCGCGCGGCCUCCUCUCGACACUCGCUCCCCUGCUGCCGCUGCUGCUACUGGUUAUGGUAGGAAGGCGAAAGGGGGUAUCGGAGGGGCGAUGAGUCAUGGGCUUGGGCUGGCACGGUCCAAGUCUGCCCUCCCCCCUGGCCUCCUGCACGUGUUUGGUAAUGCGCUGGGGCGGGUGGCUGAUGCUUCCCCGGGCGCUGGGGGGAAGCGCGGAGGGAAGGAGGGUGCGGGGGGGAGGGGACGAGCAGGGGGAGCAGGGGGAGGGGGAGGGGGAGGGGGCGGGCUAGGAGGUGGGGAAGGGGAAGGGGGUAUGAAGGUAGGGGAUGGAAGGUUGGAACAGGGGUCGGAAUUCGGUGCUGGGUGGACGAGUGAGAAGGAGGAGGAGGGGGGACUGGCAGGACCGAGAGGAGUAGAGAGGAAACCGGAGAGGGGGGAGAGGGGGGUUGGGGGGGCGCGGGGCGAAAGGGGAUCCAAGCGAGAGGAGGGCCGGUGGGGGGAGGAGCAGAGGAGGGAAGCGGAGUUGGCAUGUCUGCUGGCAGAGGAACGGGCAGGGAAGCAGAGCAGAGUGAAAGGCAAAGGAAGCGGGUCAAGCAGGGGGAGAGACGAGGGGGCGCGGGAGGGGGCAAGGGAGGGAGCAGGUGAGGGGAAGGGGAGGGGGCAGGAGAGCAGGAUAGGUAAAGGUCGGGGCAGCAAGGGGAAUAACAAUGGUGUUGGUGGUGGUACUGCUGGUGGUGAAAGGUGCAGGAGUGAUGGAGGGGGUGGUGUGGUGUCGCUAGCUGCAGCAGGUGACUGGCUGGAAGGGGAGCAGGGUGAGCAGAGGCAGGGCGGGCAGAGGCAGGGCGACAGUGGCAGUCACAGGAGGAGCCAGACACACCUGGGAGGAAUGCUGCACCCGCACACUCCCUCCACUGCUUCUGCUUCUUCCCCCGCUGCCGCUGCCCCUGCUGUCACUGCAGGUGCUGGUGGUAACUAUACAGGUGGUAACCGCAACGGAUACUCGGGCCACAUACGCAACGAGAGCCUCAUGUGGACACCAGAAAUCGACGCUGCAGCAGCUGGUGUUGGCGCCGGCAGCGCCAUCUCUUUCGCCGCCGCUGCCUCUGCCUUUGCUGCCGCCUCUGCUGCUUCUUCGUCUGCCAAUGCUUCUCCCUUCCACCGUGCUCCAGCGUCGAUGGGUUUAGGGUCACAGCAAGCAGCAGCAGGAACAUCCAUGGGCAAGUACGCACCACUUGCCGAUGCGCUUUCCUCGGGCAGCAGCAGCACGGAAAAGAUCUGCGCCGCCCGAUCAAUCCGGGCCAUGGUGAAAUCCCGGACGAACGGUGAGACCAGGGAGGAGCGCAGGAGCUUUCUGGAAGCAGGCGUGUUGGAAGCCCUGAUAGCCGCCCUGGCCUUCCACACUGACGAGUGGGAGAGCAGGAGAGCAAGCCGGGUGUGCAACGAAGCAGCAGCAGGACCAGCAGGAUCAGCAGCAGCGGGAGCAGCAUCAGCAGAAGAAGAGGCGGUGGUUGAGAACGUAAUGAACGCUCUUCUCGCGCUGCUGCUCCACUGGAACGCGGGCCCGGAGGUAGUCCUGGCAGGCGGCAUCCCGUCUCUAGUAUCCGUGCUGCAGCACGCGACCCCUGCAGCGCAGGCCACGGCAGCAGCAGCGCUGUACGUGCUCGCCAAGGACGACGAGAACCGCUCGCUCGUGCGCACGGGAGGCGCCAUCCCCGCACUCGUGCACGUGAUGGAAACAGGGUCCGCGCGCGGGCGUAAAGAUGCCGCUCUCGCGCUCUUCGCGCUGUCUCUUUCCGUGCGCUGCGCGAGAGACAUCGUGGCCGCGGGCGCCAUCCCGCUGCUGCUCAGCCUGGUCGGGCAGGACGAGAACGACGACGGCGGGCUGCCCGGGAUGGAGGAGAAAGCAGCCGCCGUCCUGCUGAACCUCUCCCGGCUGCCCGAGGCCUGCGAGGAGAUAGCAGCGCAGGAGGGCGGCGUGGGAGUAACACACCUGAUUGACUUACUCGACGCCGGGGCGUGCCAGAGGAGCAAGGAGGAUGCGGCAGGGGUGCUGCUGGCCAUGCUUCAGUCCGAGGUGGUGACAGUUGAGGCGCUGAGGGCGGAAGGGGCGAUUCCGUCCCUGGUGCGGAUCGUUGGGGGGAGCGGCGGGGGAGGGGCCGCGGGGGGAGGUGGGGGAGAGGGGAGUGCGCCAGAGGCGAAGGAGCUGCUGCAGCGAUUGAGGCAGGGGUGA